AUGAGCCUGACUUCACGGGUGUUCGGCCUGUUCUCAACAACGGCAACCCCAGACCCGACUGUCCAAACACCCACCACGAGUACCACAACAUCCACUUUCAAUAAUGAGAUAGGUUUUGCUGGUGCUAUCCGGCAUGCCCGGGACAACCUGCUGGAGGACGAGGAGGAGCCUCGUCCGCCGUAUCUUCAUGCAAUGCUGGCUGGUGGAACUGGCGGAACAUGUGGUGACAUGUUGAUGCAUUCAUUGGAUACCGUCAAGACCCGGCAACAAGGCGACCCUCACUUCCCACCCAAGUAUACCGCGAUGACCUCCUCAUACGCGACUAUCUACCGACAAGAAGGAUUUUUCCGGGGCUUAUAUGGCGGCGUGACCCCGGCACUGAUGGGCUCGUUCCCCGGCACGGUGAUUUUCUUCGGUGUGUACGAGUUUACCAAGCGGCAGAUGCUGGAUAUUGGAAUCAACCAGAAUGUCGCAUAUCUCUCUGGCGGUUUCUUUGCGGACUUGGCUGCUUCAAUCGUUUACGUGCCUACCGAGGUCUUGAAAACCCGGUUACAAUUACAGGGUCGAUACAACAACCCACACUUCAAUUCGGGAUACAAUUAUCGCGGCACCGCCGAUGGCUUCCGGUCUAUUGUGCGGCAAGAGGGCUUUUCGGCGCUUUUCCAUGGGUACAAGGCCACCAUCUUCCGUGACCUACCGUUCUCGGCACUCCAGUUCGCCUUCUAUGAACAAGAACGAAAUAUCGCGAAGGACUGGGUUGGCCAGCGGGAUAUUGGGUUGAGCCUGGAAGUGCUGACGGCUGCCACCGCUGGUGGCAUGGCCGGUGUGAUCACCUGCCCGCUGGAUGUUGUUAAGACACGGAUCCAAACCCAGCGGAAUACCACAUUAAAUCCCUCGGGAUCUGGGUCGCCUGGCAGCAAACAUACAGGAGAUCACCAUGUGCCGAAGGAAAGCCCGCGACCCCAUGCGCCGGGGUCGCCUCAAUCUCACGCGUCCUCGUCGCGGGCACAUUCGCGACCAAUCUCGACUUCCUCGCCAUCCACCUCCGUUCCUCCUCCCGGGGCUCCUCGACUAGACACAUCCUCCGUCUUCACGGGGUUGAGGAUGAUCUAUCGCACCGAGGGGCUCGCGGGUUGGUUCCGCGGCGUGGGCCCCCGCGGCGUAUGGACCAGCAUCCAAAGUGGAACCAUGCUGGUGUUGUAUCAAUACCUGCUCAAGCAACUCGAGGCCUAUCAGGGUUUGGACGAGUUGUCGCCAUUGUGA